AGUAUAGUAAUUAUAUAGUAAAUAAAAAAACGUUUAUCUAUAACCAUUGAAAUUUAUUAUCCUUUCCUAUUUUCAUAAAAUUGUGUGUGUGUGUGUGUGAGUGAGUUUGGUCAUUACGGGAUUCAUUGGAAUUUAAAACAAUAAUUUUCUAAACCAUCUAAUGCCAUACAAUUCCAUAACCUCUACGGAUUCCAUAGGAUUGAAUGGGAUUGAAAAUUUCUUUUUUGGAUUCCAUGGGAUUAGAUCAUCUCAUUUCGAAUCCCAUCUAAUUCCAUCUAAUUCCGUCAAAAAAGGAAUUCAAAGGUAUUAAAAAUUUUUAAUACCUUUGAAUCCUUUUUCGUUUGCUGGGAGGGUAUCAGAUCCAAUAUUCGAUCAAAAUUGUCAAAGGAACAUUUUGCUGCUAAUCAAGAAAUUGUGAUGGAUGUCAAUAUUGAUGGAAUGAAACCCUUUCCGCAGAGUCAUUCUCAAAAAGAAUUUUGGCCUAUUUUGGGGAAUUUUGCCAAUCAGGAUGCACCAUUUAUUAUAGCAGUAUUUUAUGGUGACGGCAAACCUAAUAACUUGAAUCUAUUUCUGGAAGAAUAUGUUGCAGAAGUGUCUGAUCUUCAAGAAAAUGGUUUUGAAUUUAAUGGGACUAUUUAUCCGUUUAGAGUAAGAAAUUAUAUUCUGGACGCCCCUGCUCGAGCUUUCAUCAAAUGCUGCAUCGGGCAUGGUGGAACUUUUGCCUGUGAAAAGUGUUGCGUCAGAGGUUGCAGGUAUAGAGGUCGCGAAAUUUUUAUUGAUAUGAAUGCCAAUCUUAGAUCUGACGAAUCAUAUAAUGCCAGAGAAAACCCUGAACAUCACACUGGUGCGUCACCAUUAGAAAGGAUUGGAACUGGAAUGGUCUCCCAAUUCAGACUGGACAGUAUGCAUUUAAAAGAUCAGGGUGCUUUUAAGAGGUGGUUAAAAUUCUUAUUGAUUGUUCGGGGUAAUUUUACUUGGUCCGAUGCAACUCUUAGGGCUGUGUCAGAUGCUCUUGUGGAAUUGGCCCCGCAUACUCCCAGAGAAUUUAAUCGCAAACCCACACAACUUGAGAGAUCAGUGCAUACAAAUUUGAGAAUCAUCUGGGUAUAAUUAAGCGCAGUCUCCGGUGUCCUUAUCAACCUUUGCAACAGGUUGCUAAUCGAGAUUCAGAGGCUAAUGGGGAGCUCAGAAGAACUGUCAACAAAACACUAGGUCCUCAAGAAAUCUGCUUGAGUAAAAAACAAGAAA